AUGGCGGCUGAUAAACCGGUUCUGCAGACUUUGUUUCGUCAGCUCUAUUUUGGUCACUCAACCAGGGCACGGGUGUUCAGAUAUGUACUCCUGGCCUUCGAUCUGAUCACGAUCGGCUAUUUCAUCGUGUCUUCCGUGAUGGAUCCCGAGCGGCACUUUCAUACGCUUGAUUACGCAAUUGCCGCUGUUCUCGCGCUGGACUACGUUGCCCGGUUGAUUGCCUCCGCGACGCCGGCCAGGUACAUAUUCAGCUUCACGUCGGUCGCGGACCUGGUUGUGAUUGCUUCUCUUGUUGCCCCGGUUUUUCUGGAGAAUUUUGCCUUCCUGCGUAUCGUCCGGAUGCUCAGGUUGCUGCGGUCCUACCACCUGCUGAAAGAGUUGCGUGAAGCGUCGAGCUGGUUCCGCCGAAACGAAGACAUUCUGCAGUCAGCUGUCAAUUUGGUUGUGUUCAUUUUUGUCGUCACGGCGAUCGUCUUUGUCGUUGAGGAUGACCGCAAUCCGAACAUCAACAACUAUCUGGAUGCGCUCUACUUCACAGUGACCACGUUGACGACGACAGGCUUUGGCGACAUCACGAUGACGGACAGUGUCGGACGCCUGAUGACAGUCCUCAUCAUGAUAUUCGGCGUUGCCCUGUUCUUGCGGCUGGUGCAGACGAUUUUCCGUCCCUCGAAGGCACAGCUUGCCUGCCCGGACUGCGGCUUGAACCGCCACGACACCGAUGCCAUCCACUGCAAGCACUGUGGUCGCAUGUUGAACAUUCCAACGGAAGGCCCCGCGUCGGCUGAUGACCAGUCCGGGUGUGGCGAAGAGAUCCCGUGCAACGUCGACAACGGGGAAUAUUACAUCCACCUGCCUGAGAACCUGGACGACAGUUCACCGCUCGGUGCGAUUUUUUACCUGCACGGCCACCGUGGCAAGGCAGUCAAUGCUAUCCGCAACAAGGGCUUCCAGCGCAUGGCGGACGACCUCGGGGUGGCCUUUGUGGCGGUUCAAGGUGUCAACGGUACAUGGUCGUUUCCAACCGCCCCCAGAAAUCUGCGUGACGAGCCGGUGUUUUUUGACACGGUUCUGUCUGACCUGGAAAACCGCUUCGGCAUCGACAGGGACCGGACGAUGCUUUCGGGAUUUUCUUCCGGCGGCUUCAUGACCUGGUAUAUUGCCUGCGAAGAUUCCGAUCGUUUUUCGGGUUAUGCGCCGAUCGCCGGCGCAUUCUGGGAACCGCUCCCGGACACUUGCCCCGCAGAAAAUCCGUACCUUUUCCACGUUCACGGAACCAGCGACACGGUUGUUCCGCUCGCGGGACGCUGGCUGGGAGGAGGCAAGUGGAAACAGGGUGACGUAUUUGAAAGCUUCGAUGUCUGGCGGCGCCAGAACGGGCUCGUGGAAGAGAAAUCUCAAAAGCUUUCCGACGGCAAUCUGGAAUGCGAGCGCUGGGCACCGGAAGAAGGGCUUUUCGAGCUAUGCCUUCAUACCGGGGGACACAGCGUGGAAGCCAAGUGGAUCAAGCGUGCCUGGAACGAACUCGGUACCAUCAAGGGCUGGGUCCUCGGUGAUCUCGGUGCGGAGAUCAUCAAGAUCGAACGGCCAGGCCGCGGUGACGACACACGUGGCUGGGGUCCGCCGUUUUUGAAGGAUACGGAUGGGAACGAGACCGCCGAAAGCGCCUACUAUCUGUCGUCCAACCGGAACAAGUCGUCAGUCGCCAUCGAUCUCGCCAGUGCGGACGGCCAGAAACUUAUCGCGGAUCUCGCAGCCAGGGCGGACAUCCUUCUUGAGAAUUUCAAGGUGGGCGAUCUGAAGCGGCGAGGGCUAGACUACGACACGCUCCGGAAAAUCAAUCCUGGUCUGAUCUAUUGUUCGAUCACCGGCUUCGGACAAACCGGACCCUAUGCGCAUCGCGCCGGGUACGACUUUCUGAUCCAGGGCAUGGGCGGGAUCAUGUCUCUGACCGGAUUUCCGGACGAUGAAGGCGGCACGGAGACCAAAUGCGGAGUCGGCAUUGCGGAUGUGAUGUGCGGCAUGUAUGCGGCGGUUUCCAUCCUUGCCGCCCUCAAUCACCGGAAUGGGUCGGGUGAAGGCCAGCAUAUCGAUAUCUCGCUCCUGGACGCGCAGGUUUCCUGGCUGAUCAAUCAGGGUGCCGCGUAUCUUGUCUCUGGUGAUGUGCCAGGCCGGCUUGGCAACGGGCAUCCGACUAUUGUUCCCUACGAAACGUUUCCCGCAAGCGAUCAGUCAUUCAUCAUUGCCGUUGGCAAUGACACCCAAUUCAGGAAGUUCUGCGAAGUUGCCGGAGCGCCUGAACUGGCGGAUGACCCGCUCUAUGCACGGAAUGCUGACCGGGUCCGCAACCGGAAGCGGCUGGUGCCAUUGAUCCGCCGCCUGACGAUCGAAAGGACUGCCGCAGAGUGGAUCGCGCUGCUGGAGGAGGCCAGUGUGCCUUGCGGACCUGUAAACAAUCUCGGUCAGGUGUUUUCAGAUCCGCAUAUCCUGGAAAGGAACAUGCGGAUCACGCUGCCGCACCCGCUCAGCGGUUCUGUCGAUCUGAUCGGAUCGCCCAUCAAUCUGGAAAAGACACCGGUCAGCUAUGACAAGGCUCCACCGAUGCUCGGAGCCGACACUGCGGACGUCCUUCAGCGGCAUCUCGGCUUGACCGAAGAAGCUUUGAAAGACCUUUGUGCCAAGGGCAUUCUGGAUCUUGGAAAUUCAUCUGACAAAAAGGUUCUGGCCCUGAUGCAGUCCCUGGACCAGGUUGGUAUGAAUUUCGUGCUGGUUAAACACGAAAACGCCGGCGGGUUCAUGGCCGAAGGCGGCUGGCACGCCGAUGGCGCACCGGGCGUGCUGCUGGCGACGCUCGGUCCGGGUGCGGCGAAUGCCGUCAAUGUCAUUGCCAAUGCAUGGCAGGACCGUGUUCCCCUGGUCUUCCUGACGGGGUGUGUGGAUCAAGGCGAGGCGGAGAGCUAUACCCACCAGGUGUUCGACCAUCAGCAGCUGUUGCGCCCGAUCGUCAAGGCGAGUUUUUCUGCGCGUCUCGGUGCGCUGGAUGUGAUGAUGGAAAAGGCGCUUGCCAUCGCGCUCGAUGGACAGCCGGGUCCGGUUCAUAUCGAUGUCCCGAUCCGGGUCGCCGAGAUGGAAACCGAAGAAAAAUGGUCAAACACCUUCCGAUCAGCACCGGUCGGAUCCGCGCCCGCUGCGGGAUCCGAACUUGAAACGGCCAUCGAUCUGUUUGCAAAGGCGGAACGGCCGAUCGCGAUUGCCGGUGUUGAUGCGGUCAAUGAAGGCGCUUCAGCCGGGAUCAGCGAGUUCUGCAGGAAGUUCCGUGUGCCUUUGGUCACGAGUUACAAGGGCAAGGGUCUGCUCGACGAAAACCAUUCGCUUGCACUCGGCGGUGCGGGGCUUUCACCGAAGGCAGACGGACAUCUGCUGCCGUUGAUAAACGCAAGCGACUGCAUUCUGCUGCUUGGCUAUGAUCCGAUCGAGAUGCGUAUCAACUGGCGCGAUCCCUGGAACGCGGACGCCAAUGUGAUCGAUGUGACUCCGGUUCUCAGAACGCACGGCAUGCAUAGCGUAUCGGCAACAUUGCGAAGCGCCACGAUGCCGGUUCUGAACGUUCUGGGCGAAGCAAGAGACCCGGAGCACCGCUCAUGGGAAAAUGGUGAACCGGCGAAGGUCCGACAGGAACUGGACGCUGCAUUUGCGCCGGAGCAGGACGGCUGGGGACCGGGAACCGUCUUUCACACCCUUCGCGGUGUGAUGCCGGCCGACACCGUGGCAACGGCGGACAGCGGAGCGCACAGGAUCCUGGCCAGCCAGAUCUGGCGAUGCCCGUUGCCGCGUCAGAUGCUGCAGUCCUCCGCCUUGUGCACAAUGGGAUGUGCCGUUCCACUGGCCAUGGGGCACCGGCUUGUCGAAGGCGCUUCACCCGUCGUCGCCUUUGUCGGCGAUGCCGGUCUGGAGAUGUGCCUGGGCGAGCUUUCGACCCUUCGGGAUCUCAAGAUUCCGGUCAUCAUCUGCGUGCUCGUCGACACCAGCCUGGCACUGAUUGAAUUGAAACAGCGCGGAAGCCAGCGUCCGAACGUGGGUGUCGAUUUCGGCGAGACCGAUUUCCCCGCCGUUGCCCAGGCCUAUGGCGGUCACGGUGUCUGGAUCGACAGUGCCGACGACUUGCAGCGGGAAGCCGCGCAAGCUCUGGAGCGGGAUGGCUUCACGGUACUCGCCUGCCGCAUUUCACGCCGGGCUUAUGACGGCGCCUUUUGA